AGAAGGAUCAAAGGGAGGAGUAGAACACUCUAUAUCAGUUUCAGGAGUACGGCGCGGCGACCGACAUCGAAACCGACUACGAGCAACAGCAGGCGCAAGUCGUUAGCUUUCAGGAUAACAAAGUUACACAAUAAUGUUUCGGAUGUUGUAAUUGACCACCCCUAUUCCGGAUAUUUAGUGUUAAUAGCCCCCCAGGCUGUGGUUGAAGGUGAAGUCGAACAAGAAGUCGAUUCGGUUCCACAAUUGCAACAACAGAGACGCCUCUGCCGCCACCGGUGUGGUCUUCAUCGUCGUCGUCGUCAAAGACAACAACUACUGUUGCCACAUCGAGCAUCGGAGAAUGCCAGUUGUAGUUGGGUUAAAUUACUCAUCACAGCAACGACCUUGUUCAAUGCAGCAUCAGUGACUUCGACCAGAAUACCAUCAUCGACAUCAAGUUCUAGUUUCUACCGACAUCAAGGUGCUGCGGUGGUGGAGAGUAUCAUCAUCGCCGGCGGCAGCAGCAUUACGUCGACUGCGAUAAUUCCCGGAUAUUCCUCCUCCUCCGAUGGCGGUGGAAUGGGCAUUUCCGGGGGUGGCGUCGCCGCCACUGCCGUCCAGCUGGAGGGUGGAUCUUCCAAUGUCACCUCAAACGCAACCACAUCCUCCGAGAAUCACUUCAAUAGCACAACGGAGAUGCCACAAAUUCCAUCAUACAUACGGACAACGUCGAUGUUUGUAUGCAUCUCAAUUAUGAUCUUAGGAGUCAUUGGUAACGUAAUGGUGCCAAUCGUAAUCUUAAAGACGAAGGACAUGAGGAAUUCAACAAACAUAUUCCUAACAAAUCUCAGCAUAGCCGACUUGCUUGUGCUGCUCGUAUGUACACCAACAGUAUUAGUCGAAGUUAACACACGUCCCGAAACAUGGGUUCUUGGCCAGGAAAUGUGUAAAGCAGUGCCAUUUGUUGAACUGACUGUCGCCCAUGCCAGUGUCCUUACUAUUUUGGCGAUAUCCUUUGAAAGGUAUUACGCCAUCUGUGAGCCACUCAAGGCCGGCUACGUGUGCACAAAGACUCGCGCUUUUCUCAUAUGUGUUUUCGCAUGGGGGGUGGCUGCUCUCUUCACCAGUCCAAUCCUCUGGGUGGCCGAGUACAAGUUCGUGGAGUACUUUGACGGAUCAUAUGUUGCCGCCUGCCUCACUCAAGCCGUCACCACAUGGACGAUAGCCUUCUUCCUGAUGACAAUUUCGAUAUUCUUCGUCAUUCCCCUAAUAAUCCUCAUCAUCUUAUACGGAAUCAUCGCCAAGAACCUAAUAUCCAAGGACGGCCCCAUGAUGAAAAUACGACCAACUAAACCCGAGUUCAGUUACAAAGCUCGCAAGCAAGUUGUGAUGAUGCUGGGUGCAGUAGUCUUAUCGUUUUUCCUCUGUUUGCUGCCCUUCCGAGUACUCACUCUGUGGAUUAUCCUUAGCUCGGAUCAAGCUCUCUUUGCCGUUGGCGUCGAGCGGUACUACAACUUGUUGUACUUCUCCCGCAUCAUGCUCUACCUUAACUCAGCCAUAAAUCCCAUUCUUUAUAAUUUAAUGUCAACAAAGUUUCGCAAGGGAUUCCUUAAAUUGUGCAUCUGCUGCAAGCCAUUCGCCAAGACAUUCCAAUUCCGUCAUCGUACACCCACCCUCACCACCAACACCACAUCGUCGAGUUUCCUAUCGCGGAGCUCCAAUCGUCGCCCCUCGGACGACCUGCGGAAUCGAGUUGGCCUUAAAAUUGAUUUGCAACAGAAGGAGUGCGAAGUGGGAAUGCUGUCGUCGAAGUCAAAGUGUGACUCGUCAACUGUUAUCGACGAGUGCAGAAAGCUUUCUCUGGCAAACAACCGCCGGAAGUUGAGUUCCUUAGAUAACGAAGAUGAAGACGAAGUCAUUGCCAUUGGAGUCACGAUGGCAGAACCAGAUGAGGGAAACGCCAACAGCAACAUCAAAGACCAUCCGGACGAGGCGAGAGGGAAGUUAUUAAAUUGUCGCAAGAAGUGCAAGAGACAAAUAAGUUUCGAUGAAAAUGUCAUUGUGAAUAGUGAACGCGGAGUCAAUGGGGAGAGAAUUGUUUAUCAAACAAGCCUUGAAGAUAAGAUUUGUGGCAGUGGCAAGAAGGAUACUAGUGUUAUAAAUUUUCUACCAACUCAAAGCCUACGGAAUAGUUUACAAAAAUAACAAACACACAAACCAACUGCCCACUGCAUCAGAAAAAAAAAUAUUUACAACGACAAAAGACGACCACGAUUACUUUUUGAAGAAAAGAAGGAAAUGGGUUUCGGGUAAAAUAUUGAGAUUGAAAUAGAAUUACAUGUAGGUAUUUAGGUACACUACACAUAAACCGAGUGCUGGAGGUGUUAUUGUUUGGAAAAUGAGUUGACUUAACAGGGAUUGAGAAUUCAAUUCAAUGAAAUUCUAUUUUUUGAUAUAAAGAUUUUUAAACAGGGUUUUCCAAUUAGAGGUUUCAUUUUAAUAUAGAAAAAAAAGGAAAAUUUAAAUAUUUUGUCUUUACUUGCAAAAAAGAUAAAACCACAAAAUAAAAUGCUUUAAUGUUGCACACGGUCACUUGAAAAU